AUGUUUGGGAAACGAAAAGAGAAUAGGCCAAUUGCUAGUUCAGCCGGAUCCACUCCUACAACAAAGACCACAGCAAGGCCUACUACUUCUGGAGACAAUGUUAGGCAAGGGAGAGUCUUUGCUCUUGUUUCAGGUGAUGUCCAGAAUUCAGAUGUUGUGGUUUUAGGUAUACCUUCCAUUAAUGGCCAACCUGCUCGUGUGCUACUUGAUUCGAGUUCCACUCAUUCCUUUGUUUUGAAAACAUUUGCUCCUAAUUUGAAUAGAUCUAUGAAACUCUUGAAUUAUGUGUUGUGUGUGUCUCUCUCAUCUGGGGACUAUAUGUUAUGUGCUUCUAUUUAUUCUACAUGUGAGCUUUUACUUGGAGAUAUUCCAUUAUGUGCUAAUUUGAUGCCUCUUGAUAUGAAAGGUUGUAAGGGUUAUUUGUGUAGCAUUUUACAUGUAGAGACAACCGAUACGAGUGUUGAAAAUAUCCCAAUUGUUAGUGAGUUUUCGGAUGUAUUUCCUGAGGAAUUGCCAGGGGACUUGAUAGACCAUGAGAUUGAGUUUGUUAUUGAUAUUGUAUUGGGUGCUCUACUGAUUUCAAAAGCUCCGUACAAAAUGUCUUCGAUUUUCAAACCGUAUUUGGAUGAGUUUGUGGUGGUAUUCAUUGAUGACAUUCUUAUUUACUCAAAGAGUAGGGAGGAACAUGAAAAGCACUUGAGACUAAUUCUUCAAACACUUAGGGACAAGAAGUUAUAUGCUAAAUUGAAGAAAUGUGAAUUUUGGUUGAAUGAAGUUGUGUUUUUGAGGCAUGUGAUUAACAAGGAUAGUGUGUCUGUCGAUCCGCAAAAGAUAGAAGCUAUUGUGAAUUGGCCUGCUCCUACUAAUGUUACAGAAGUACGCAGUUUUAUGGGUUUAGCAGGUUAUUACCGAAGAUUUGUUAAAGAUUUCUCUAAGAUUGCGGUGUCGCUUACCCAGUUGACUCAAAAAGGUGUUCCAUUUGAGUGGAUAGAACAGAGGGAGUCCGCCUUUCAAGAAUUAAAGAUAAGGCUCACAACAACACCGGUCCUCGCCUUAUCAUCAGGUACAAAAGGGUUUGUUGUUUAUAGUGAUGCUUCUCAUAAGGGAUUGUGA